CGGCGGUUUCCGGUCCGGCCUCUUUUCUCCCUCAGCUGGUUGAAAGGGAGGUCGGCCUCCGCGGAGGAAGCAGAAAUGAAGGCCUUCCGUCACAUCUAGAGCCCUAAUAUGGUGACUGCCGAUUCCUGCCAUGGCAUCAGAGCUUUGUAAAACAAUAAUGGAGGCAAAGCUCGAAAGGCACAAGAACUUAUUCUUGAACUACCGAAACCUGCAUCAUUUUCCUUUAGAGCUUCUAAAAGAUGAAGGCCUUCAGUACCUGGAACGGCUCUAUAUGAAAAGAAAUUCACUGACCACCUUGCCAGAAGACCUUGCUCAGAAGCUUCCAAACCUUGUGGAAUUGUAUCUCCAUUCAAAUAAUAUUGUUGUUAUACCUGAAGCCAUUGGCUCAUUGGUUAAACUGCAGUUUCUGGACUUGAGUGACAAUGCUCUUGAAAUUGUGUGCCCAGAGAUUGGCCGCCUGAGGUCUUUACGCCACCUUCGAUUGGCCAAUAAUCAGCUGAAAUAUUUGCCAGCAGAGGUUGGAGACCUUCGGGAGCUGCAGACACUGGAUAUCUCAACCAAUCAUUUAAGAACUUUGCCCGAAAGGCUUCAUAUGUGCCUCUCCCUUCAGUACCUAACUGCUGAUCGGAACCAUUUAUGGUAUGUCCCUCGCCAUCUCUGUCAGCUUCCCAGUCUCAACGAAUUGUCCAUGGCUGGGAACUGCCUUGCCUUCUUGCCGCUUGAUUUAGGUCGUUCCCGAGAACUUCAGUAUGUUUAUGUGGAUAACAACAUUCACCUGAAAGGGCUUCCCUCCUACCUGUAUAAUAAAGUCAUUGGUUGUAGUGGCUGUGGGUCUUCCUUUCUCAAGUCGGAGAUGAAGCUUCUCUCCUUCACCUCGGGGCGGCUGGCGAUUUUCCUCCCGGCAGAAGUGAAGGCCAUAGGGACAGACUUGGACCGCGUGCUGCCUUUGCAAGAGAUGGCCAUGAGGACGCUGUACAACACAUACUCCAGGUUUCUCAAAGAUUUGCAGUUCUUGACGCCGAUCUCAUUACCCAGAAGUCUCUUGGAACUGCUGCACUGCCCCCUGGGACAUUGCCACCGUUGCAGCCAGCCCAUGUUUACAAUCGUCUACCCAAAGCUCUUUCCCUUGAGGGAGACACCGAUGGCAGGAUUGCAUCAGGGGAGGACAACUGUUAGCUUUGUGGCCUACUGCUGCUCCACCCAGUGUCUGCAGACUUUUGACCUAUUGAGUUGAUAAAUACUCCAAGCUCUGCAGGAGCGAUGCCAGCUUAAAGCUGCAUUAAACUGUGCCUCCUGAUGGUACUGGAAUACUGUGAGUGUGAGUGAGUGUGUAGGCGUGCCAAAGCACAAGCAGGAGUGCCCAGCUGGGAACGCUUGCGUCGGACCUCUUGAAUCACAUUUGGACAAAAGGCAGAAACCUUGGAAAUGCUUGGAUCGAGCACCUUUUGAAAACAGUUAACACCUUCCCGUUCCUUUGCAGGGGAGAAUGUAAACCAAAUGUGCGAAGAAGUGGAUUUCUCUCUCUCUUGCAGUGAUGCCUUUGUAAAUUAUGCCAUUCAGAGUGGGCUCACUUGCUCAGACAACAUAAACGGGUGUUGUGAACAAUA